AUGCAAGACUUUUUUGCACGUAUUUCGAGUGCACGUUCUGAGCUCGAAUCCCAAAGUAUUGAUUCAACCAAUACAAGUGACACUGUUGCUCUUAUUACUCAAGUACAAAAUUUGAAAAGGCAAAUCAUUCCCUUCAAAAAUAAAGUAAGCAGUUAUUGUACGGGCCAAAAACUCUUAAAUAAUCAUCGUUUUACAUUUCCUCCGUCUUGGCUUUAUGCUGAAAAUGUGGAAGGUGAGUGGUCAGCAUUAAUGGAUGUUUUGGAAAUGAAGGAUACUGCGAUUCAAACACAGAUUACAAAUCUUCAAACAAGAAUUCACGAAGAGGAUAAACUUUUAGAAAAACACAUUAGUGAUCUCAUUAGUGAAUGGAACAAAUCUAGACCUGUAAAAGGAGCAAUUCGUCCUAAAGAUGCUUUAACUAUUUUAUCUAAUUUCGAAGAUAAGUUUAAUCGACUUAAAGAGGAGCUUGAAAAUAUUGUGAAGGCCAAAAAUGCGCUUGAGAUUAGUGAAUCUGUUGUUAGUCUAAAUCAACAGGCAGCCUCAAAAUUGGAACUUGCACUUGAGGAACUUGAGGAUCUUUAUUUUGUAUUUUCUUGA